AUGGUCAACAUUCCUUUUUCCGUCGUGAAAGCCAUGUUUGGGAGACAUUUCUGCAGUUUUCACACUUGCUGUGAUGUGGAAUUUUACUCUUCUCUCCUUCACCUACGUUUCAUCUUCAUCAACAGGUACAGUGCUAUUACUGACUCUUUGGUCUAUCCUAUUGAAUCCACAGUGUCUGUGCUGAGAAUUUGCAUUGGCAUCUCCUGGACCCUGUACCUGGUGUUCAGAAGUGCUGUGUUCUACACAGGUGUCAGUGAUGAUGGAGUGGAGUGAUUAUCCAGUGCCCGCAACUUCAUAGUAGGUUGUCAGCCUAUUAUAAAUCAAAUUUGGAUUUUGGCAGAUUUUCUUUUAUUUUUCAAUCCUACCUCUAUUUUAAUAAUUUUGUAUAGUAAUAUUUUUUACGUGGCCAGAAAAACAGGUAAAAUGGUUUAAAAUAUUAGCAAAUCAGAGUCAUCCUCAAAGAGUUACAAAACCAUGGUGGCCAGGAGAGAAAGAAAAGCAGCCAAAACCCGAAUCACAGUGGUAGCCUUUGUCAUCUCAUGGUUUCUGUAUUCAAUCAUUGAUUGAUUUUUUGGUGAUUUUAUAAGUCCUUCCUAUGUUUAUGAGGUAUUUUGCUGGUUUAGUUAUGGUAACUCUUUUCUAAAUUCUUUGACUUAUACUUUAUAAUACCCUUGGUUUAAGAGAUCAAUAAAACUUACUAUGACCAGCCGGGUUCUAAAAGACAGUUCAACAACCAUACAUUUAUUUUUCUAA